AUGGCUGGAGGCGCAAUAGUUUUGCCACCUACAUCGAAUCGGUCAUAUCUCAAAGGUCGUCAACUGAUAUUUCCGCUAUGUCUGGCAAUUUCGCUAUUCUUUCUUUGGGGAUUCUCCUAUGGUCUUCUGGAUGUUUUAAAUAAACAUUUUCAAAAUGUUCUCAAAAUAACAAAGCUUGAAUCUACUGGCUUGCAAAUUGUCUAUUUUGGUGGCGGUUACUUUUGUUUCUCACCCAUUGCUGCCGAACUCCUAAAACGUAAAGGUUACAAAGUUACCAUUGUCUUGGGUUUAGCUCUGUUCGCCAUAGGUGCUAUCUUUUUCUGGCCAACAGCCCAUUAUUCUAAUCCAAAAAAUGCUAAAAAAGCGUUUGGUGGUUUUAUUGUUUGUACUUUUGUUAUUGCUUGUGGUCUUGCUACAUUAGAAACUGCAGCCAAUUCAUAUGCUACCAUUAUUGGUAACCCUAAAUCGGCUUCUAUGCGUUUACAAUUUUGUCAGUCAUGGAAUGGAGUAGCAUCAUUCAUUGGACCUCUUAUUGCUUCGAAACUUUUCUUCUCAGGCAAAAAUGCUACUAAUCUCGAUAAUGUUAAAUACGUCUAUAUCGCUGUUGCUUGUACUGCAGUAUUAGUUGCACUUUUUUUCAUUUUUACUAAAUUGCCCGAAGUUACCGCCGACGAUGAAGAUCCUGCUAAUGUCAUGGACGAAGCCAGUAGUCAAGUCAAACCACUGUGGAAACAAUACAAUAUGAUUUUUGCAUUCAUAGCACAAUUUUGUUAUGUUGGUGCUCAGGUUACUGUUGGUUCAUUUUUUAUAAAUUAUGCUACUGAAAAUGCAAGUUUUACAGAUCCGCAAGCAUCUAAUCUUCUAUCAUAUGCUCUCAUUACAUUCACAGUCGGUCGCUUUGUUGGUACUGCACUGGCUCAUUUCUUUCAAGCUGAUUUCAUUCUACUCAUUUAUGCAAUAAUAAGUAUUGCUUUGUCAGCUUAUACAUCGGCUGGUCACGGUCUUCCUGGCGUCAUUGUUCUAAUUGCAUUAUUUUUCUUUGAAUCCCUUAUGUUUCCAACAAUAUUCGUCAUGGGAACAGCCAAUCUUGGUCAUCAUACUCGCCGUGGAGCCGGUAUUCUUAUUAUGGGUGUCUCUGGUGGUGCUGUAUUUCCACCAAUUCAAGGCGCUAUAGCUGAUAAAUAUUCUACCCGCAUUUCGUUUCUAGUACCCAUGUGUGGUUUUAUCGUUGUUUUAGCUUACGGUCUCUUUCAUUGGAUCAAACAUGGCUAUAAAGUAAAACGUAUACAAUCGACUGUCGAUGUUCAUGUUGUUCCUACUCCUGGACGAAAAAGAUCAUCGAUUAUUAUCAGUCACGAAAUUGUAGACACUAUGAUCGAAACUCGUCGUAAAUUGUCGCAUAUUUCGGAGACACUAGAUACGGAUAAGAAACAUCGAUUCAUUAUUAGAACAGAACACUUCUAA